AUGAGGGCCUUCUUCAGUAUGGGGCGACACAGAGAUGUUGACUGUUUCUAUCUUUGUCAGACCUACGCUCGCAUUCCCAAACAUCUCGUACGCGACAAUGCUAAUUUGCUUGUGCUCUUUAAGCAGGAUGAAAUGAAUCUCAAGCACGUUUACGAUGAUCAUGUAAACACUGAUAUGACGUACGUGCAGUUCAGAGACAUAUGUUCGGCAUGCUGGAACGAGAGUAAAUGUGGGUUUCUCGUAAUAGACAAGGAUAGCGAACUCAACGAGGGUCGAUAUAGAAAAGGAUUCGAUUGCUUCGUGAGCAUAAAAGAGUGAUUAUCGAAAAAAUGGAUACAGUAGCAUUUUGGAUUCAGUGAUUGCAACAUGCAGCGUGAAAAACUUGAAGAGCAGAAAAACAUCUUGCGUCAAAUCGCUAAAGCUAGCGAUUCGAUCCGCAGAAAGCAUCGAAUGAUAAAAUUGGGUAAAGAGAAUGUCGAGCAUGCGAUGAGUGAGGUGUUCAAACCGGUAGUGACUCCACUGCAGAAACUAGUGAACGUAUCUCAAACAGAGCAUAAUACUAUAAAAGAUAAGAUUAAAGAUGAAAUCAAAGAUGAAAUAAAACAUAAUGUAGGAAUUAAUGAUACGUUUGAAACAACGAAUGAAUCCUUUAAUACGCUCAAAAAUGAUUCCACUAUCGGGGAAAUCAGUGAUAUUCAAGAUGAUGAUAAUGAUAAUGAUGAUGAUGAUGGUGAUGGCGAUGAUGGAUACAAGAAUGAUAUGGAUUUAUCCGUUAAUCCAAACGAUUCGAUGCAACGGUAUCUUAAUAUGCUGCUAUCGAGGCAGAAUAAACAAUUGGAUACUACCUAUGGUGUGCGUAAACUUUCCAAGAAGAAGUUGAUGGUUGGAGAUUCACCUAUAAGUUUUGAGGGUGAUCAAGUCCAUAUAGGCGAUACCAGUUAUCCAAAAACUAACGGUUUGAUCGAACUAUUGUUCAGGAAGAUACCUAACGAGACUCAUGUAACCCAAGAUGACUUGAACAAUUACAAAAACAUUAUUAUAACAACGAAUGCAUAUAAAAAGUACUAUAAACCUGAUGGUGAUAUUCGUAGGAGCAAGAGUUUCAAAUUUAAAAAUGUUAUUGCAAAACUAAUUGAACAGUCCUCUGUAACGGGCAUAGGUAUCAUACCACGGAGCAAGAGUUUCAAAUUUAAAAAUGUUAUUGCAAAACUAAUUGAACUGUCGUUUGUAACGGGCAAAGGUAUCAUACCACGGUACAUGAUCGCUGCUAAGGACAGACUAACGGAUUACGUGUACUGGGACGAUCCCAAUGAAUUAGUAGACCGUCUUCGUUUGCUCCUUGCGUCUCAGGAAGCAGACACGAGCGUUGACGUGUUUGGACGUCAGCUGAGUAGCAAGGCCGCGGUCACGAGUAGCCGUGGUCUUCCUGGUGUUGGAUUCAAAUUCACUGCUGCUGGACACUACGACAUAGAUAACAAGAGGCUGUGCAACGUUGCCAAUCCCGAGGAGCUAAACGAUGCUGUUACUUUGAAUCUCAUGAAAACUGUGCUAAAGCAGGAAAUUGAUACCGUACUUCGUAAGACUGCUGAAAUGCGCAAUGAAAUCGAUAACAACAACCUAAUGAUUCGCGCUCUCGAUUCUACCGUGAAGGAUGCCUUGAAUCGUCUAGAAGCAGAUAUAAAGACAGCGCAAGACUUGACAAUUCGCAACUCUGAGAUCAUUUCUCAGCUAGACGCCAGACUGAAUGCACUGGAGAAUGGAUGGAAAAAAGUUAGCGAUGGUGGAAGAACUGCAUAG